CUUUACGAGCGAUGUGCGAAGUAGUGCGCGCCCAAUGCACACAAAAUAUCACGCGAGUUUCAAAAAGCCGAGUUGUUAAAUAAUUAAUAAAAGAAUAGUGUUUAUGGAGUUGCUUGUUGGAGUGUGUUGAGUUUUUGUUGAAAUUUAGUGGUGCAAUGGCAUACAAGUGUCGCGAGGAGGUCGUUGGGAAACGGUUCCUGUCUGUGAGUGGAUUUAGUAAGUUAAAAUCUGGGAAAAUUAGUGAGUGGGGGUGGAGGAGUGGUGUUGUACGAGCUGCUACACAUAGGGAUAACACUAAUCAGGAUCUACAGGUGCUGGUGGAGUACGACGACGUGGAGUGGCACCGGCGCGAGUGGAUCAGCGUUUACAAGGAGGGCCUCUUCCAAAUGUUCAUGGUGGAGCAGGCCCUGGUAUGGGCGCAGCGCAGGGACCCCUUCACCCCUACGCACGGCACUGCCCUGUGGCCGGCACUCACGUUCUCCGCUAUAGUUUCUACAGUAGAUAUACCUACACAUCUCCAGCCAGUAGAAUUUUUGGUAGAUAGAGAAUUAGCCUUCAAAGACUACAAACUUCUAGAGCCUUAUCAGGAGUGGGACUCAUCACUGCCAGGGGUGAAAGACUACCCCGAACUCAGGUUAGCAGUAAAGCGUUGGACGGAACUACAGGACGGCCAGCGGAUACUGUUGACUACGCCCAGCGUCCUCGUCGGAUACCGGGUGGAGGUUUACCGUGCCGAGGGCACCACCCAGUGGUACACUGCUGUGAUAAUCGGUUACAACGAAGCUACUAGGGACCUGACAGUUACGGACGAUACAGUUCUGGAGGAACACAAUGAAGAUCCUGCAUUGGUGCAAAUGAGGCUCAUUGGAGAUGGAGUGGUAGAGUCGAUUAUGCGAGGAGAAAACGUAGGAAUCACUCCGAGGAGGUCCAGAUCCUCAGUCUUUCUACACCAGACCUCUCAAACAAUACACCAAAAUCGCGUCAUACGAGGAUUAUCGAGUGUUACUACCUGCAGUGUAAAUCCCAGGAAGCCGAGGUCGGCCAGAUCGGGCAUCAGCGACGCAGGCAACUCGCCAGAGCCACCAGAUAAAGGAUCAGCGGGCAAGUCGCGCAAACGGAAACCCAGCGAGACAGACGCCCCCUCGACCGCCAAGUCGCGCAUAAGCAGCUUCGCCGGCCCCAAGGAGGACUGCGAGAACAAGCAAACGCGCACCAGGAAGAACUUAAACCAGCGCGGCUCGAACAAGAAGAAGGUCUUGGAGGAGGCGAACAACAGCAAACUCCGGGAGAUCGAGGUUAGAGUCGAGGACUGCCUGCAGAGCAACCCGGCGCUCUCCGAGCUUUGUAGGCGAAAAUUAGAGGAAAGCGGCGCCGAGGAGGAAGAGGAGGAGGACGAGCGGCCGGAACACCACGAGGAGCCGCCGGCCGACGGUCCGGAUCCGCGUCCCAUCGAACCCGCCGAGGACAGUAAUGGCAGCAGUGUCGAGUUAGUGAGUGUCGUUGUGCGAAGUGACGAUGCGACAGUGCAGUGUGGAUCUAUGCCUGCGUCACAAGUGGUGAACGGUGGUCUCAACGGUGAGGAAGACUGUGUGAUAGUGGCUCAAAGAACGAGUACCCCCAGUAAGGCUGAGGAGCGGGAUUGCUCUAUCAGAGGUGACGAUGACGGACCACUGGUGUCGUCCUCGCCCUACAGCAGGAUGGAACUCAACUCAGAAACCCCAACCAGCCUCCUCCGCUUCCCAGACGACCGCUCCGACUCGGGCGUGAGUUCGCUGCGUUCGGGCAGUGGCGAUGAGCGGUCGGGGUCGCGGUCCAGCGCCCUGAGUUCAUCGGACGAGCCGAAUCACACCUCGUCGUCGUCGUCGUCUUCGUCUGGGCCGGCGGUCCAGGCCAUACCCGCGCAGAACAGGUCGCCGCUGUUCAUACCGGCGCCAUCGUCGUCGUCGGCUUCAGCGGCGCAACAGCAGCAGAGGCACGACACCGAGCCGGUGCGCGUCUGGAGGGACCCCAACCUGCUGCUGGAGGAGCCCCACGUCCGACACAUCCAAAGCGUUCAGCACCAGGUAGGUCAAACCUUGCUAAUGUCUCAUCCCAGCACACCGGCCUCGUCUGGCCCGUCUGCUCCAACGUCCGCCACAGGAACCCACCCAGCGUCUCUAGGGACUUAUCCCGUAGUCCCGCCACCUCCUACCCUAAUGAGCCCCCACCCGUUGGGGCACCCCCACCUGGCCGCCCAGCACCUGUACCAUCACCCCCAGUUCUCCGACAUGCUGUGGAAGUCCCAGAGGGGACCCUACGGGGUGUCCGCCCACCUCUUGCCCCAGCAAACCGGUCAUUCGACCUCGGAAGAUAUUUUGGACAGGGAGCGAGUCUUCGUUCUUCAAGACCGCGAAAGGCAUGAAAGGAUGAUCAGGUGGGUGGAAAUGGAGAGGCAGAAUCAGGAGCUGGAGAAGCAGCAGAAAGAGAAGGAGAGGUUAGAGAGGGACAGGCAAGAGCAGAGAGAGAAAUUGGAGAGGGAAAGGGAGAGGGAGCGGCAGGAGAAGGAGAGGGAACUGGAGAAGGAGAGGCAGGAGCAAGCCCUCCACAACCACUUCGAGAAGUCGCUCAGGGCCGCUCAGCAAAAGGUAUUGAGGGAACAGUGGAAUCCGAUAGCCGGGAGGCCUCCACAGCCAAGAACGUCGAGCUUAUCGGAGGACGAUAGGAAGAGGGCGGAGGAAUUACACCAAAGGGAACAACAGAGGCAUUUAACCACUGUCAGGCAGGAUGCGAGAGACCACAGAUCGUAUUAUCCUAGGCCGCAAAGUGUACCUGGAAAAACCGAAUACCCCCCUCCGCCGGCGCACAGCCGCGUCGUGGCGGCGCCGAAGCAACCGACGGAGAAGAUCUCCUCCAUGGUGCCCCAGUCCAUGCCCAAGAGCGAGCUGAACAUGUACGGCUACCCCGUGUGCCACCCGCAGAACUCGUUUUUCGAACCAAAGAAGUCCGACCUACACAAGACGUCGCCCAGCGGCCUGGUCGUGAGCAAAUCGGGGACCAUGGACAGGGAGAGGGAGAUGACGGGCCAGUCGCUGGUCAGCGAGAUCAAGAAUUCCGUCAUAGUGAAGCACGACGCCAAGAACCCCCAUCACCUGGAGUCACGGGUGACGAUGGCCCAUUCGCCCAGUCCCAAGCUGAGGAACGAGAUAUUAAGCCACUACUUGCCCACGCCCACGCAGGGCGGGCAGGCCAAGGGCAUGUACGAGUACAGGAGCCCGACGCAGUCGCCGCUCCACCUCACGCACCACCUCGAAGCGCAGAAUCUCGGCAAGGCGCAGAGCCACCACAGGCCGACGGGGCAAAUGUCCAGUCCCCACCACCAAAGGCAGAGCCCCCAUCAGCACCCUCACAGCCAGCCGCAUCCGUCCCCGGAGAUGAGGUUCCCGAGGGGAUCCGAGGCACAGACCAUGAUUUAUCAAACGUCUGGCAAAACGAGCUAUCCCUUCACCACGGCGGCAUACACGAUGUCCACGACGCCCAGCGUUUCGAACUCAAAGCCGAAAGUGAGCAGUCCCGCGCCCCCGCAGAUAUUCGGCAAGCCUCCGUUGGGUGGGGUUUCCGUGGUGCCAGUGUCUCGCCCUCACGAGACCUCCGCCCCCAUCCAGCUGACCGCGAAGCCCCCCUUGUCGUCGUCCGUAUCCCCUUCCCCCUAUCAGCAAGUGUCCCAGUACCAUCCGCCCCACAAUCAGGCGCCCCCGAUGAUGACGUGUCCCCCGCCUCCCGCCCACAGCAGCCGUACCACGUCCAGCUUGGACAGAUACGAUAGAACACCCGGAUACGUCCCGGGCGGCCUCUCCGUCAAGCUGGUCGGCCAGCAGGGCACUUCCCCGCCCUCGGCAGCGUCGGCGCCCCUGCCCAUCUCCAGAUCUCAUGCUCAGUUCCUACUGAACCUCAGCGGAGUGUCCCAGCAAACGCAGCCGCUCGACUUGGGGGUCAGUUCUAAUAAAAUGGAGAAUUCUUCCUCUGUGUCCCCGAAACGGAAGGCCGCCACACCUGUGAGCAAUGCGAGCACCAGCAACCCCGUUUGCUUGGAGGUCAAGAAGCGCAGGAUCGAACCGCCUCCGGCCAGUGCCGCGGUCCCCCCUAACUUGAGUAUUUUCGGCAGCGUCAGCCAGCAGCCCCAGCUGGCCAGAGUGAGCGAGCCAAGUCCUUUAAUAGCGAGCGCUGCCACCACCAUCACGACGGUGGUGAACACGGCCGCUUACAGGACGCCUACGUCCAACGUUACAUCGUUAAUAUCCCAAACCCCGAUGAUAUUAACGGAAAACCUGCCCGACGUGAGUGUAACCGCAGUGACGGUGGAAACCAUACGACCGGCGUCGACCGGAGAAUUGAGUCCGAAACCACCCACCCCUACAGUUCCUUUGAGUAAUAGUCCGGCCCCGGUAAGUGCCGCAUCGACGCCUACUCCACCCACGAGCGUAACUCCGGGUCCUGCGGCGGACGAAUCGCCCGGUACGCCCGUCAAAGUUAACAUAACACCCAGCACGGUGGACUCUGAGAAGUCCAACAGUCCGGGCCCCCAGAAAACCUCUAGCAGCAGUUACCCCGUGAGGCAUCUCAAGAAGGCGUGGCUCCAGCGACACACCGGAGAAGACAUGGAGGACACGACCGGAGUCGUCGGUUCUGGCAGUUGUGUGACGCUCCCCAUAAACAUAAAAGUAACGGCGCCGGCGAUUUUGAAUAACACGAGCAACCCUGUCAAAGAAAACCCUGUCAACUCCAUACACGCCGUAGGCACGAUGGCAAUUAACAGUAUAAAUAAAACGAAACAUUUCCCCAGCAAACCCGUCAACAGAAAACCUGUGAAAGAAUGCACGGUAAACGGCGACGCAAAAAAUGACGAUUCGUCCAGCAGCGAUCAAGAACGGGGCAGGAAAUCGCCCCCGAAACGCAAACCGCCCAAAGUAAAACGAAAAAAAGGGGGAGGAGGGUCUUCGGCGAAAAAGCCAAACGACGACAAGAAACGUAAAACGGGCCCGCAACCACCAGUAACACCGCCCAGCGAGAGCGGCAGCGACAGCGAAAAGGAGAGCGGCAGCGAGAAAGACAGUGAUUCCGGCGCCAGCGCUUCCGCUCCGGGCAAGAAAAAUGCUAACGCAGGAAAGGAGCCGCGCAAACGAGGGAGGAGGCCUAAGGGUUCAAAAAACGAUAAAGGCGAGGAGCCACGGCCGAAGAAGAUCAAAGACGACAUUCAGCCCCCGCGUGACCCCUUUCGCAAACCUCCUGUGGGGCAAUUGAAGAAGACUGGCGAGAGCUUCCUGCAGGACGGGCCCUGUUUCGAGGUGGCUCCCAAGCUGGCCAAGUGCAGGGAGUGCAGGUGGACGCCCAACCAGCGCUCCAAGAACAUGCCCAACAUCUUCUGCAGGUUUUACGCUUUCAGAAGGUUGAGGUACACAAAGAACGGACAACUGGCCAUCGCCGGUUUCUCGGAUCCUCACAAAGAUGCUUUGGAGGAUGAUCUAAAACUGUGGCUUCCUAAUCCCGAAACCCCGCCACCCGAUCUGGACCUCGAAACGUCCAGAUUUCUCUUAAAACAAGUGGGCGAUCACUUCUGCGACCUGUUGGUCCAAGAGAAGGACGCCCAUUCUGAACACAUGUCUGAAGAUAAGACGGUAGCGUGGAAGAGGGUAGUCCAGGGCGUCAGAGAGAUGUGCGACGUGUGCGAAACGACGCUGUUCAACUUCCACUGGGCCUGCAACAAAUGCGGAUUCGUCGUCUGCAUAGACUGUUACAAGAGUCGUAAAAAGGGCGCCAUAAAGGUAUGGGGCGAGCCGGGGAAGGACCGCGACGAGUACUCCUGGCUGCUGUGCACGAACAGGCAGGCCCACGAGCAGGAGAAACUGAUGCUGACCCAGAUCAUCGCCGGCGAAUCGCUGAUGAAGCUCGGCAAGAUGGUGCACGAGAUGCGCGAGCUGUGGAACAUCGAGCAGUACUGCGCGUGCCCCACCAGCAAGGAGGUCACCCUCAAGCCCAACAACGUCCAGGCCAAGGAGAUCAUCAAGGGCAUCCUCGGGGACAAGGUCAACGGUAUCAAGAAGGAGAUAAAGGACGAGGACGAUGUCCCGUUGGACCGCGAGGAGAAAAAAGAAGGCAGCAGCAGCGAGGAGGAAGGCAACUUUUCCACGUUGAGAGAGCUGCUGAUCCGGCCGUCCCACAAGCCGAACGGGUCCCGUGCGGCCUCGCCCGUCUCCAAAACCGAAUCAAAGAAGAAGACGAGCAUUCCCACCAAACCCGCCGACUUGGACGAUGUCAUUUCCAGCGUGAUCGAGGACAGCGUCCCUCAGAAAACUGUGGAAACCCCGAUCGAGCCCAAGUACGAAUUAAAGCACUUCGUAAGGAGGUACAAUUGGCAGGGAAAGGGCAGAGUGCAGCUGCCUAUUAGGAUCAUGACUUUAACGGAGAGUAAGAUGCUGUAUCCCGAUACGCCACACAGUUGGCUGUGUGACGGGAAACUCUUGAGACUCAGCGAUCCGUUGUGUAAAGAAAAUCAAAAAAUUUUCCAGGUUUUCUUCCAGGACCAGUGGAAACGAGGCCAGCCGGUGAUCGUGUCGGACGUUACCCGCAACAUCAACCCCGACCUUUGGAACCCGGAGGCCUUUGCGCGCGAUUUCGGGGACGAGAAGAACGAUCUAGUCAACUGCAUGACGGGGAAUCUCGUCCCCAACCAGCCCAUGAGGAAAUUCUGGGAGGGCUUCGACCACUUCUCCAAACGGCUUAAGGAUGACCGCGGUCAACCCAUGCUUCUGAAACUGAAAGACUGGCCGCCCGGCGAGGACUUUGCCGAGAUGUUACCCUCGCGGUACAGCGAUCUGAUGAAAGUUUUACCGCUGUCGGAGUACACGCAUCGUACCGGCCGGUUGAAUCUGGCGAGUAGGCUGCCGGAUUGUUUCGUUAGACCCGACCUCGGCCCGAAGAUGUAUAACGCUUACGGUUCCGCCCUGCACCCGAACAAGGGUACGACCAACCUCCACCUGGACAUAUCCGACGCCGUAAAUGUUAUGGUGUACGUGGGCAUUCCUAAAGACGGCGAUAGCGACGAACACAUAAAGGAGGCUUUCAGAGCUAUCGACGAAGCCGGAUGUGAUAUUCUGACGAGAAGGCGGGUGAGGGACAAAGGCGAGCUGCCCGGCGCCCUCUGGCACAUCUACAACGCCAGGGACGCCGACAAAAUCCGAGACCUACUCAACAAGGUGGUGGUGGAGAAGGGCGGACGUCUGGAACCCCAUCACGACCCCAUACACGACCAGAGCUGCUACCUGGACGGGCCGCUGCGCGAGAGGCUGUACAAGGAGUACGGAGUCGAGGGUUACGCCAUCGUACAGUGUAAAGGAGACGCGGUGUUCAUUCCGGCGGGCGCCCCCCAUCAGGUGCGCAACCUCCACAACUGCAUAAAAGUGGCAGAGGACUUUGUGUCGCCGGAGAACGUGUCGCAUUGUUUCCACUUGACGCAGGAGUUCCGCGACCUCAGCGACACCCACUCGAACCACGAGGACAAGCUGCAGAUAAAGAACAUUAUCUAUCACGCGGUGAAGGACUCUCUGUCGACGCUAAGUGCAAUAAUGAACAAACAUUUGAACGUGAAGAGCGAGAAGGACUCGGGCAGCGAGAGGAGUAACGGUAGCGCGGCGGUGGACGCGGAGAAUUCCACCAAAUCGGACUCUAACGAGACGGCUUAAAACAUUGUGAUAGUAGACGCAAAACUUUUAAAUUUAUGAAAUUUCCUGUGUGAUAUAUAACUUCUAAAGAAAUCGUACAGAAUGUGUCGAGCACAUUUUCCUGUUUUUUCUCUUCUGUGUACAUACGUGUACAAAAAAAGUGACUCUUGAGUUUGGAUGAAAAUGCUGAAUACGCACGGUUUACCUUCCUGUAUGUAGACUAGUGGCCCAGCGCGUCACCACCAUAUUUUAGCCUAUUUACACUCCUUGUUGGUUACUCGGUGUCCGCACGUACGGCCAGAACUGUGCCCAUUGAUCGAACAGCCACGCUAACCUUUUUUUUAACUUUUCAAGUUUAUAGUCUAAGAUGUCCGUUAAUGAUAAGCAGAAAAAUGUUUCAAACAACAGUUGACAAAUAUAUAAGUACAAAAAAACGUU